AUGGCAACUCAAACUCAAGUUCUGAAACGUGGUGCCGUUCAGCCGGCACGCCUUCACGAUUAUCUUUAUGACCCUACAUGUUCAUUAUCUGGUGUUCGUGAUCAUGCUCGAGAAACAUUUGCAGCAAAAACGACUGCAGAACAAUUGCAAGCUGUACCUGUCUAUGAACAUUUAUUCAGUGAUCUACGUCAAUAUCCUCGUUUUGCUUAUCGAAUUCAAUCUCGAGAUCCUGUUCCAGCACAUGUCAGUCGACAAUGGUUAGGACAAGCAGAUGCUCAUCGUGAGCAAAUUGCUCUAUCUCGACUUUUUACGGGUAAUGAUGCAUUCGUUGUUCCACCACGAACAUAUGAACAUGUUGAUGUCGGUGGUCGUGAACGUGCAAAAUUCUUUCGUAAACCACUUGUACCUUUUAUGGAAAAUGUUCAACCACUUGUUGUUCUUGAUACUGGUCGAUCAACAACAGGUACUUUCGGAGAUGCUGCAAUAAAACCUAUUCCAGGACAUCUGGUUAGUUCGACAAAAUCAGCUGUUCCUCCAGCACAGCCAACAACAAAAACACAAGCUAUUCAAACUGAUUAUAUGGAACGUGAAGCUCAAACAGAUCCUUACACACCUGAAUCUGUUGUCAAACCAGGUGAACAACCUGAAGUAUUAACAUUAGCUACUCUUAUGUAUAAGAAAGGUCUUCCGGCUGGUCUUGCAGAAGUAGAAAUGAUUGAACGUGCACGUGCUAAACGUCAAUGGGAAGCAAGUUUACCACCACUUGAUGAUCCUCAACAAUGGGAAAAACGAUUUAAAAUGAUGAGUGAUAUGGAAAGACAUGAAUGGCUUUUAAGAGAAAAUGAAAUUGAAAAAUUACAAAAUCUUCGUAUAGAAUUAUUAGAAAAAAUGCUUAAAGAUAAUGAAGCUCGCCGAUAUGAUACAUCGAUUGAACGUAUUAAUCGACAAUGGAGUAAGAAACAAAUUGAACGUGAAGAAUUUGUUAAAACAAAUCGACUUCAUUAUUUACGAGCUAUUCGAGCUUUACUUCGAAAACGAUCACAAGUUGAAACAAAAUAUGUUAAAAAUGAUAUUAUUCGUGCUUAUACAAAAUAUGAAACAACAGCCUACGGUCCAUUAACACGAAAUGGUUAUUUUCCAGAUAAACUUACUGACAAAUAUUUAGUAAAAAGUCGAUUUUUGGAUACAUAUACGGGCUUACUUGAACUUGAAUCAACAUUACCAUCAAAUGCAUUGAAAAUUCGACUUCCAGCACCGAAAAGAAUUAGUUCAACUAAAGAUGGACAUCUUAAACGACAAUUUCGACGUGAAAGGGAUUUAAAUAAUAUUUCCAAGGUUAGAUUUUUUGUGAUAUUAUUGAUUUAAUCAGUAGUUUAUAGUUUUUGACUAAAUCAUUCAGACAAAUCUAUUAGAGUAUCGAUUAAAUUUCAUUUAGAAAACUAAUAAUAGGUUUUUAACUCCAUUAACGAACGAAUCUCUUGAACUGUGCCAUUACGAUUUUAAUGAAUUUUUUGCUUAUAGAUACUACAUUAUGUUCUAAUAAUAACUCUAAAAGGAUUUCGAUUAGCCUAAAAUAUCGAGUUUUGAUCUGAGACCAGUGGCGUACGCAGAAAUUUUUCAAGGGGGGGGCCCAACUUCGUAAGGGGGGGGCCCGCCAUGGGACAAAAAAUUUUUUAUCACGCGAAAAUAUUUUUUCCUGUACCCCCCUUCAGGACUUUUUCGUCUCAAGGGGGGGCCCGGGCCCCC